UAGUUAGCUGUUGCCAGAGUCGAAAUGUUACUUUUUAAUGGUACACUCAGCUCUUAGCUAGUCAGCUUGGUUAACGUUUACUGCAGUUACUUACGAGACGAUCUGGUCACGACUAUGUAAAUAAAUAUUUCGCGAUGGAGGGUAAUAACCAGCAAAGCUCCUUCUUCUGCAAGUGCCUCCUAACUGGUCUAUGGCUCGGGUGCUGUCCUUGUCUCGGUGCGUGAGCGCGCAGCAGCCUCUGUGGCUGGCUGUCCGGAGCAUGUCACUGGAACAGCGAGCGCGGGAGGUCUUUGCCGCCGCUGUGGAGGCCGUGCAGCCGGACCGGGUGGUGAGGCAGUGCCUGGAGCGAAGUGGCAACCAACUUAAAGUGGGCGGUCAAAGCUUCAAGCUUCAUCACAACAUACAUCUUGUGGGUUUCGGCAAGGCUGUGCUUGGCAUGGCAGCAGAGGCAGAGAGGAUUGUGGGAGAACACCUGGUCAGAGGGGUGAUUAGUGUCCCGCAUGGCAUUCAGGACACCCUGAAACAGCACGGCAAAGAACAGAUGCUGCUGCCGAAUGGUAGCCGAAUCACAGUGAUGGAGGGGGCCAAGCACAACCUGCCAGAUGCAGAUGCCCAGCGGGCUGCUGAGAGCAUUCGGCAGCUAGCUAGUUCUUUGACAGACAGUGACCUUCUGCUGGUGCUCAUAUCAGGUGGUGGGUCUGCUCUCCUGCCAGCUCCUGUGCCACCCAUUUCUCUGCAAGAGAAACAGGAUGUGACCCGGCAGCUGGCCGCUGCUGGAGCUACAAUCCAGGAACUGAACACAGUGAGACGUUCCAUCUCCCUGCUGAAGGGAGGAGGCCUUGCUGCCUGUGCUCAGCCUGCACAGCUAGUGUCCCUGAUUUUGUCUGAUGUAAUCGGUGACCCUCUAGACCUGAUAGCCAGUGGUCCCACGGUGCAGUGUGAGAUGUGGCCUGAGCAGGUGUGGGCCAUCCUAGAGCGCUACGGCCUCUCCUCCUCCCUCCCUGCGUCUGUGACGGAGGUCCUUAGGCAGGCCGGCUCCCAGACAGCCAGGCUGGGUGCCACUGGCUCUGCUGAUGAAACACGUGUCCUUAAUGCAGUUAUUGGCUCCAAUGGCAUCGCGCUGGAGCGGGCAGGGCGUCGCGCACGGGAGCUGGGACUGCGGCCGUUGGUGCUUUCACCUGGAGUGUGUGGGGAUGUGCGGUCCGUAGCUCGCUUCUAUGGCCUGCUGGCACGCUUUGCUUGCAGCCCAGUCACUCCUGGCCAGCCUGUGCCGCUGCCUGAGCUGGCUGACCAGGUGCUUCAGCUGGGUCCAGAGGUGGGCGUGGAGAGCUGGGACAUCAUGCGCACGCUCAAGGUCCUGGAGGACAGCCGGGAUGAGACCUGGGGUGCCACCUGCCUCCUGGCCGGAGGAGAACCCACCGUGCAGCUGACAGGAAAGGGCCGUGGUGGCCGCAACCAGGAGCUGGCCCUGCGUACAGGGCUGGAGCUGGGAGAAGGGCUGGGCGCUGGUGGAGGCCAGGGGCCGGUGUUCCUCAGUGGCGGUACCGAUGGGCAGGAUGGACCCACCGAGGCAGCAGGUGCGGUCACAGAUGGCGGUCUGGCAGCGGAGGCACAGGGGCAGGGCCUGCAGACCGACAGCUUCCUGGCCAACAACGACUCCUUUACCUUCUUCUCGAGUCUGUUGCAGGGCAAGCGACUGCUCAUGCCAGGACUGACUGGCACCAACGUGAUGGAUGUACACGUGAUGCUGCUGCCCCCACCACCCAGCUACACAAAAGCGCACUGACGCACAUACAGUACAUAACAAUCGUGGGCUGAAAAGAAGGUGUAGUUUGACUUGUCCAUGAUCAUGUCAUGUGCACUGAAGAGAUUAGUAACUCUUUAGGCCGCUCUUUUACUGCUAUAUUUUGUCCAUCAGUCAAACUCAAUCAGUAAACUAAAGUUAAGAUUAAACAUUUCAAUGAGAUUCUGAUUAAGAUUAACCAUUUCAAUGAAUCCUGAUAAUCAAACCCCGGACACAGUACUCCUACACCUACUAGUAUUUGUAUGUCCUCUGUUCUGCUGAGACUUGGUUUUGUUUACGUUAGAACUCCUUGGACAAAAUCACAUUUUUAAUUAAAGAUCUAACUGCUAA